AUGGCCGAGGCGUCACUUGAGACCCAACGUGCCGCGGCUGCCCUUCCCCAGAGCGCAGAAGAGAAGAGCACGCUGCAAGACUACGCUGUAGUCUAUGACUACCUCUCACGCAUCCUAGUAGAUGACCAGGCAACCCUGGGUGUAGAUCCGGCGCAGCCUGUGAACCGCACCCCUAUGCUGGAGCGACGGCAAAUACUUAUCAUCAACAGUUUGGUGCAGGAUCUCUACGCACAGCUAGCCGCCGUAGACACAACAGCCGCCACAGCACGCAUAGCAACCAGUCCCGUUACGAAGUACCCCGCCACACCCACCGCACAACCAACACACCCGGACGAGCAGGCACCACAGAGAGAAGCACAGACAACACAAAUACUCGGUACAACACCCCAGCUGGGGCGUGCGAGGGCUGAGGAGUGCUUGGUAGGUACGCAAGCGUCUGGGACUCUUCGUAUCAAUCCGCUGGACAUCCCUGCGGGUUUGCUGACCCAGGCCAUCGCUGGUCCGGAUUAAAGUGCUGCGCAUGACUAUCGGAUUAUCGGAUUGGCGUUGAACGGUGUUGGUUUGGACAGGCGGUACAAAUGAGUGCCAACUAGCGAGUGAGAGAGACUUUGCGCUGGCGAUAUUAAAGUAUAACUGAACGG